GCCUUCUGCUGCGCGCUGGCGGAGGUUUUGCUCAGGGCUGACGCCAGACCUGGAUGUGGACGUGCUGCAAAGCCAUCCUGAGGGCUUGCUGCUGUCCUCCUCUUCGAGUUCCUCCAAGGCCGUUCCUUUCCGAGGGGCCGUGCUGGAGCACAAGGGCAGCCUUUGGGUCACCAUGUUCGAGGUGGACCAGUGCUCCGGAUUUCGCCUUUCUGCGGUUUCGUACGACUGCCUCGGAGAGGUACUGGUUUGCCUCCCCCUUGCCAGGACAAGGCGAUGAGAGUCACAAGGCCCGCUGGAUCGGGACGGAGCAGGUGGCGCUCAACGCCCAGCGCAUCGUUUCCUGUGUGAAGCGGCCUUCGCCGCUGCAGGCGGAGCGAGCCCAAUUGGCUCAUGGCCUGGGCACCGGCGUGAUGGCAGUGGACGUCCUGGCGCCUGUCGGCGUGGGCCAGUCGAUGCUAAUCUGCGGGCCGCAGGGGACUGGCAAAAGCACGCUAGCAAAGCAGGUCCUGGAGCACGUGCUCACGGGCCGGAACGUGGACAAGGCCAUCCGCUUCAGUUGCACCACGGCCCCCCCGGUGGACGUGGCGCUGCACCGCUCCGGCGCGCUGGAGCAGCUGGCGGCGCCGGCUUUGAACCCUGAGAAGACCGCCGCGAUGCUGCCAGCGCUCUUCGAGGCUGUGGCCAUGGCGGAGGAGGUGCGGGAUUUGGGCAAGCAUGCGCUGCUGGUGCUCGACACAUUGGCACCUCUGCUGGAUGCUUGGGACUUGGCCCUUCAGAUGGCCGAGGAGAAGGGCGACGGCAAUGAGGACACCCGCGCGGCUCAGCGCCGCAGCUUCUUCGCGAACCUGCUGGAGCGCGCAGCAAAUCUCCGGCGCGGCGGUGCGCUGACGAUGUUAGCCCUGGUCGAGACGGAGGCCCUCGCAGCCCUCUCGGUGCCCUCAGCGGCGGUCUCUGGGUCCAAGGCCGCAGAGUCAGCGCCUUCCUUCUCACUGAAGGACUUUCAGGGCCGCAGGCAGAGCGAACUGGACAGAUUGCGCCGGCUCGAGGAGCGCGUCCCGCUCACGGAACAGUCGCUGCAGGUUUUGGGCAUCGCGCCCCCGCACCGCCGCGGCGGUGCAGGUAAAGCUGCGCGGGAGCUGCAAAGCCUUUCAGAUGGCCAGGUGAUUCUGGACGUCCAGAAGUCCCAUGGGGGCUACUUCCCCGCCGUGGCACCAGGCGCCAGCUUUUCCCGCUUCGGCCUGGGCUCGAAGAGCGGCUCUGAGACGAAGCCGCGGGAUGUGCGGCCGGCAGCCCUGCAGGCUGUAGCUGCUCAUCUCCGCACGCUGCUUGCAUUGGAGUCGGAGGCGCACUUCCGACCCAAGUCGGAGACCGUAGACAGCCACCAAACUAGGCAGAUGGAGUGUGUGGCUGCGGCCUUGCGCCAACCUCCGGAUGCGCCAUUGCUGGCUGAGGAGAUGACGGCCCUGCUGCUCGCGGCGUCCAGUGGCGCGCUGGACCCCUUGCCCUUGGACAAGGCCAGCAGCGCUCUCUUUGGCGGUGCGCGGUCUCCGUUGCUCCUUCAUUUGCAGGAAGUGGCGCCCGCUGCGCUGGGCAAAAUCCGGGAGGAGGCGCAGCUCUCGCAAACCACGCUGCGCGCACUAGAGGUGGCUUUGCGCCUCUUUGUGAAGCUGAAGGAGGUUGAGCUCUGAAUGCUUCAAUUGCUUCGGCGGAAUGCCAGUCGGGUGCGGAGGCGUAGGGGCCUGCCAAAAAUGUGUCCCC